AGAAGACACCUUAAUCUCUCUUCCACUUAAGUAGUCGCAUAACAACAGCGCUGCAAACAAUAGAAAGCCGCGAGCCUAACGAAUGGCUACAACGCCCUCUGAGGAGGAGAUCCGCGCAUGGCGUGAGCGAUUGUUCUCCGUCGAGGAUGAGAUCCUGAUGACGGCGGAGGAGUACGACACUUUCUUCCCGUACAUGGAGAACGUGUACAAGAUCCAUGGUCGGAGCACAAACUCGAAAGACGCAGUGCGCACACAGACAAGUUAUUACCAAUGCCGCAUCGAUGUGAACGCGACGCAGAGGGGUCGCCACAAAAAAGAGCAAAAUAGCAGAGAGAAGGACUUGGACCAGAACAAAAGUGAGAGUGAGCAAGCGGCAAGAAAGGAAUCCGAGAAUAACGCCGAAAGCAGCAACAUCCAGCAGCAGCAACACGCCGACGAGAACAUCGACUCUGCAUCACAGCAACCGGAGCAGCAGCACCAGCGACAAGACUCGCUCAAUGACGACGAUGUCACAUCUCCGCAGGUUGUUGUGGAUCCCGCAGUUGUGGCAUCUUCUGAUGAAUAUGUCGCUGCUCUGCUCGCUGCCACUACCCCACAAAAAGACCUUUCUACCUCCGACCACGCCUCGAGCUCAUCCAAACGCACUCGCCAUCGCAGACCAAGAGAGACCCUGCUGUGUCCCAUGAAGAUCAAAAUUGUGAGACAUCUAGACCGAGAUUGGAACCCAGCUCAUUACUCAAUCAGCAGAACAGGCGAGGCCGGACACUCCCACGACCUCGCUCUGUCCGACAGGAUCGUCAAAAACAACAAAGUCCUCGCCCUAUUCGACCCUGAUCAAUUAGUUGAACGAAUGCGGUUAAGCGCCCGCGAGCGUCGUGCCCGAGAUCUUGAUAACGCACUCACAUCAAUACGCAAUCGCUACAACGAGCUUGAAUCUACUCUCAGCGAGAACUUCCCCGAUGAUAAGAAACGACUUGAUACUACGAUGCGCAAAUGGAUUGGCGAGCUGCAGCGGCUUACUGAUGAUUUAGUGUCUGCCCCUCUUGAUGCUUUUUAUUAUAGCUAGUUUAUUUUUCUACUUGUGUUUGUAUUUCGAUUUCUCACUUGCUUUAUUCGUUCAUUGAUUUCUGGGUUGUCUGGGUUGGGUUUUACGUGUUCAUGCUGU